CGUCGGAGGACUAGCGUCCGAAACUUCAGUAAGUUUUUUCAUCUUUUCACGGUGUAUAAUUGACCUUUUUAUCAUUACUGAAUUACCUGGGGCUAUGUUUCCUGAAAUUACGAAAAUACGAAGAGGCAAAACAUUACACAGAAAGGGCUGUAGCGAUAAGAGAAAAAACACUAGGACCGACGCACCCAUUGUUAGCCGAGUCGCUAGAUAUUGUAGGACGUAUCCUCAUGGGAAUGGGACAGUACGAUGAAGCCAGAACUUAUUUAGAGAGAGCUCUGUCCAUAGCAGAGAAUGUUGAUGGUGAUAAUCAUCCCACGGUAGCAACCAUACUGAAUAACCUGGGGCUAUGCUUCAAGAAUUUACGAAAAUACGAAGAAGCGAAACCGCACGCCGAAAGGGCUGUAGCGAUAAGAGAAAAAACACUAGGACCUACGCACCCAUCGUUAGCUGAUUCGCUAUUUAAUUUAGGAGAUAUACUCAUGCACAUGGGACAGUACAAUGAAGCCAGAACUUAUUUAGAGAGAGCUCUGUCCAUAGCAGAGAAUGCUCAUGGUGAUAAUCAUCCCGACGUAGCAGCAAUACUGAAUAACCAGGGGCUAUGCUUCCUGUAUUCACGAAAAUACGAAGAGGCGAAACAUUGCGCAGAAAGGGCUGUAGCGAUAAAAGAAAAAAAACACUAGUACCGACGCAUCCAUUGUUAGCUAAUUUGCUAUGUAGUGUAGGAAAUAUCCUCAUGAACAUGGGAGAGUACAAUGAAGCCAGAACGUAUUUAGAGAGAAGCCUCUCUAUUCAAGUACAGGCGUUCGAUAAAGCACAUCCUCAGUUGGCUCAGACACUUAAACUCCUUCAAACACUAAAAGAGAAAGAAGAGGAAGUAAGUAAAAAAAGAAAAAGUGAAGUCAUCGGCACAAGCAGCAGAAAAAUGCGUCGAAUAUAAGCCUUGUUAACGAAGAAAAAA